GAUGGAUUACAAACCGUAGAAUACAUUUUACAGUGCAGUGCAAAAUACAAACAAAUAGACCCAACUUCAGCUUCCUAAUAAAACAGUGGUAAACAGAAGCAGAUCUCAAGUUGUAUCGGAGUCUCUAUGCUUCAGACUCUGGGGACAGUAAGCAGACAUGAUGCCCCAGAACACUUGAGGGAUCUGACAAACCGGAAGUGUAAACUGGAGUGAUGUAAUCCCCUCUCCAGGUCCCACAGAGGACACCAGCAGCAGACUCUCAAUCAGCUGCAGGCUGAUCUGAGACAAACAUGUAGAUUCAUGACAGCGCCAGGAUCUCUGGCCUGGUUUGUGGACUUAAACGUUCGUCAUUCCAGGAGUGGUUGAAUAUUUGUUUUAAUCAUUAGCUUAGCUCGCGUGAUUUUUUAUUGAUUUUCAGCAUGUGGUUGUUUUUCUCUCGAUGGAUUGUCAAACCCUGUUGGCACAAAAAGAGGAAAACAGACAGAAUUGUAUUCUAAUUGAAUGUCCAUUCAUUAUCUUUCAGUUGACUACAGCAAUGCACCGUUUCGCAUACUGAAUUAUCUUUUUCAGGAAUAUCUUCGGCAUUUCUAUGGCUACAAGCCCAAGUCAGAGAGACAGAAGAGGACCGCAGACUCUGAUGUAAAUGCUGAUUGGGCAACAGGACUCUGUGAUGGGGUCCAGAAGAUGCAGCGCUUCUUUGGUUUGCCUCCGACUGGAGAGCUGACCAAUGACACUCUGGCAGUUAUGAAGAGGCCGCGCUGUGGUCUGUCAGACGUGGAGCCCUUCAGAGGGACAAUCCGCUGGAAAAAGCUCUCCCUCAGCUACUGGAUCGCUCGCUACAACCUCCCUGUCUCAAAAUCAAAGGUUCAUAACAUCUUCAGGGCGGCGUGGAAGCUCUGGUCCAAUGUUACACCGAUGAAAUUUCGCAAGCGGGGGAGGAAAGAGGCUGACAUCGUCAUUUCCUUCCACACCGGCGACCAUGAAGACGGCUCACCUUUUGAUGGCACAGGAGGAAUUCUGGCUCACGCCUUCCUGCCUGGGUUUGGUAUCGGUGGAGACGUGCACUUUGAUGCCGAUGAGGCCUGGAGCUUCAACUCUACUGGUUUCAACCUGUUUGCUGUAGCGGUCCAUGAAUUUGGCCAUGCACUCGGCCUGUCCCACUCAUCUGAUCCCGGUGCUAUCAUGUACCCAGCAUACAACUUUGUGCCCAAUUAUGAAAUUCAGCUCUCCUUCAAGGAUGUCAAAGACAUCCAACACCUUUAUGGUAUCAGUUCCAAUUUUGCUUCACUAUCUUCAAAAAACCCUCCUCCAAGAACACCUGAUAAAUGUGAUCCAGAUUUGUCCUUUGAUGCUGUAACAGAAUUACAGCAGGAAGUGCUAUUUUUUAAAGACAGAUUUAUGUGGCGCAAACAUCCUCAAUUUGAUGAAACAAAAAUCACCCUGAUCAGCAGUCUGUGGCCAGAGAGUGUACCUCACAACUUGGAUGCUGCCUAUCAGAAUGUGGAGAAGAAUGUUAAUUUGUUUUUCAAAGGUCAUCAAUACUGGGUGCUGAGGCAGUUAAGUAUUGAGGAAGAUCUUCCAAGGAACAUAUCGGACUUUGGCUUCCCCUCCGGAAUAAAAUAUGUAGAUGCUGCUCUUCACUUCAGAAAUGAGCGCUACACUGUGUUCUUCACUGGAAACAACUGUUGGAGGUACAAUGAGCAGCAGAUGAUGAUGGAAGGAUCAGCGACACUUGUAGAGCAGCAAUGGCCGGGGAUUCCAACUCCUAUAGAUGCAGCUGUCUUCUCUGAGGGACUUGUGCACUUCUUCAAGGGAAACAUCCACUACAGAUUUGACCCCAGCUCCAAACACGUUGUGUCCACCAGCCCCACUAACGACCUGCUGGAGUGCAAGAAGAAUGAUGACAAUGAAAUACUGACAGAGAGGAGAUAAUUGAAGGAAAGGGGCUUCAUGGAGUUUGGACCGUGUGGUGCUGUGUGUCUGCUGUGUGUGUAAACACACAGUGUUACAAAGCUCUUGUAUUCUGGCACAAGCAUAACUUACCUCAAACCAAAUUGGGAAGUGAUGAAUGAUGCAGGGAAGUGGUUAAAAGAGUUACAUCAUCAGUGUGCAUUACAAUGUUGUAAAUAUGUAACUUGUAGCAAAAUAAGUUUUUUGAGUUGUGUUUGAUUGUAUAUUCGAUGUUACAAAUGUUUGUGUUUAAUUCUAAUGUUGCUGCUAGAUGUGUG